AUGACGGCGGCAGCGGCCCUCCUCCGCCGCGUCCAAGUCCCGCGCGAGACGGACGUGGCAACGACGGCCUACAUGAACCGCGACACCAGACCCCUACCGCCCUCCCGCCGCACCUACGGACCCUGGCAGUUCAUCGGCCUCUGGGUCGUCACGGGCUCCUUCAACAUUGGCGGCUGGACCACGGGCUCCUCCCUCAUCGCCCUCGGCCUCAACGUCUGGCAGGCCAUGCUGACCGUCAUCAUCGGCCACUGCCUCGUCGGCCUCAUCUGCGUCCUCGCCGGCGGACCCGGCGCAAAGUGGCACAUUGGCUUCUCCAUCCUGCAAAAGGCCUCGUGGGGCAUGCGCGGCGCCCUCUUCCCCCUCGUCCAGCGCAUCCUCCUGUCCUUUAUCUGGUACUCUACCCAAGUCUACUGGGGCGGGCAGUGCGUCCGCACCUUCAUCGCCUCCAUGGCCCCCUCCUUCAACAACCUCGACACCCCCCUCGCCAACGGCACAAUGACCGUCGCCGACUUUGUCGGCUUCCUCCUCUUCUCCCUCCUCUGCCUGCCCCUCAUCUACAUCCGCCCGGAACGCUACCACAUCCCCUUUGCCAUCGCCGCCGCCACCGUCAUCCCCACCGUCUUCGUCCUCCUCAUCUGGUGCCUCGCCACGGCCCGCGGCGCCGGCCCGAUGCUCCACGACAUCACCGCCACGGCCGGCGUCCAGCAAGCCACCGGCGCCCACCUGGGCUGGAUGCUCGCCCUCGGCAUCUGCACAAACAUUGGCGGCAUCAGCACCCACAUCUUUAGCCAGUCCGACUUCACCCGCUUCGCCCGCCGGCCCCGCGACCAGCUCGCCUCCCAGCUCGUCUUCGUGCCCCUCAACACCAUCCUCGUCGCCCUCGUCGGCAUCAUCUGCACCUCGUGCGCCGCCCAGCUCUUCCCAAAGACCCAGGGCACCCUCGUCUGGGAACCCUACCGCUUCCUCGACGCCCUCCAAGCCCACUACGACAACAGCGCCGGCGCCCGCGCCGCCGUCUUCUUUGCCAGCCUCGCCUUCAUCUUUGCCCAGUUCGGCAUCGCCGUCGCAGAAAACGCCCUCUCCAACGGCAUCGACCUCGCCGCCCUGCUGCCGCGCUACUUCAACCUCCGCCGCGGCGGCUACCUCACCGCCGCCGUCGCCUUCAUCAUGCAGCCGUGGCAGCUCCUCAACGGCGCCAGCAAGUUCCUCACCGUCAUGGGCGGCUACGGCGUCUUCCUGGGCUCCAUGACGGGCGUCAUGUUUGCAGACUACUACCUCGUCCGCGCCCGCCGCCUCAAGCUGACGCACCUGUACGAGGCGAGCCGCCUGAGCGUGUACUGGUACCGCGGCGGCGUCAACUGGCGGGCGGGCGUCUCGUGGAUCGUGGGCACCUUUUCCCUGCUGCCGGGCUUCGUGCAGCGGGUGCAGGAUCCCGCCGUCGAAAAGGCGGGCUGGUCGCACCUGUAUUACCUCGCCUGGCCGUUGGGGUGUGCCCUGGCCGUGGCUUCGUAUUGUCUGCUGCACCUUGCGUUCCCGAUCCGGGAUGCUCACGCCGUCGACGAUGCGGACUACUUUGGUACGUUUGGGCCGGCCGAGGGGCCGGUGCUCGACGGUGAGCAGCUCCCGUCGUCGUCGUCCAAGGUGUCUGCGGAGGGGCAUGGUUCCACCACCAAGAUCCGCGAGGCGCCCGACGAGAAGAGCGUGUGA